CAAAACAGACAAAAAAAAAAGUUUCUUUCGACUCAAAAUCCAAAAUAAAGUUAUUUAAAUUGAAAAAGCAGUUUAAAAUGCACACGACGAGUCUGCCAAAGGGCCAUAAAGUGCAUUAGGGCAACUCAUUUCACUAGACAGACACUACACAUUGCCAAACACAAAUCACCUUCAACCUGGUGGGAGAGUCAUCAUGGAGGAAAAUAUGUGGAUAAUUGAACUGGAGUCUGCGCUGCUGGACGACUGCAAUGUGAAUGAUAUAUAUAGCAUUUGUAGGGGCAAGGGAUUGCCCGAGGCCCUGCGUCCGGAUGUGUGGCAGGUGUGCCUGGAUGUGCGACACAAAAGCGACCAAAUGUCGCUCUUCAACGAGAUCUACGAUCUGCCAUUUCAAAGUCAGCUGCGCGAGGACUGCCAGCGGCAUGUGGAUCGCAUGGGCAACGACGAAGAGGACAAGGUAUCGGUGGUGUCCGACCUGGAGUCGAUCAUUACGUUCUACUGCAAGAACCGAAAUCUGCAGUAUGAGCCGGAGAACGGCUGGAUUGAGCUGCUCCUACCGCUGUUCGCACUCAAGCUCAACCGCUCGGACACAUUCAAUUUGUUCGAGGCGAUACGCGACACUUACAUACCGAAGGGCUGCAAGCCCAAGGGCAAUGUCUUCCAUGUGUUUCGGCUGCUGUUGCAGUAUCACGAUCCAGAGCUAUGCUCGCUGCUGGACACCAAGAAGAUCACACCGGACCUCUACUCGCUGACGUGGUUCCAGUCGCUGUUUGCCUCCUGCAGCAGCCUCUCCGUGAUCAUAGCCAUGUGGGAUCUUUACUUUCAGAAUGCAGACCCCUUCAUGGUGUUCUUUUUGGCGCUGAUUAUUCUGAUCAAUGGCCGUGAGAAGAUUAUGCAGAUUAAAGCCUCGUCCAAGGAGGAGAUCAUUGAGUUCCUCAUCAACAUGCCGUGCGCCCUGGAGCUGGACGAUGUGUGGGACUUUUGCUCACUCGCUCAGUACUACGCACUGAAAACGCCGACGUCCUUCAAGACGGACUACCUGAAGGCGCUCUACGGCAAGCAGAAUGACUCGCCGCGCAGCCAGGAGGAGUCCAACAAGGUGUCCCAGGCGCUGUGCCUGCCCGUGUCCGUCUACGAGUUGGUGGAGAACUCAGCCACCGAAUUCCCAGUGUCCGAUGCGGUGCGCUUCUUUCUUGUCGACUGUCGCCCGGCCGAGCAGUACAAUGCCGGCCAUCUGUCCACGGCAUUCCAUCUCGACUGUAAUUUGAUGCUGCAGGAACCCGUUGCCUUUGCCACUGCCGUCCAGGGUCUGCUCACGGCCCAACGUCAGGCCAUUGAAGUGAAUUCGAAUGCCGGCGGCGAGCACUUGUGCUUCAUGGGCAGCGGCCGCGUGGAGGAGGAUCAGUACACGCACAUGGUGGUGGCCUCAUUCCUGCAGAAGAACACACAUUACGUGUCCUUGCUCACCGGCGGCUAUGCAUCCAUCCACGAUUACUUUGGCGAUCACAUGGCCGACUGCCUCGAGGAUCACAAUGUGCGAAAAUGUCUCGUUUGUCAGGAGCACAAUACACAACAGACGAAAAAUGUGCCACUGAAAGCCACAACGGCCGCCUCGUCCACGGAUUUGUUUAGCAAAUUCUCGGCUGCCAUGAAGUCCAAGUCUGCGGAGGUCAAGGGCAAGCUGCUGGACAUCAUAGUGAAUCCCAGUGCGGGCAGUGCAGCUGCAGCUGGCGGCGUGGCGAAUGGUGCGCAAUCAGCGGCGGCGCAGGAGCGUCACGUGAGUGCCAAGGAGCGAAAUGGCAAGCGUUAUCGCAAUGUGGCGCCUGUCUUCAGCAUCGAUGAUGAGAACGAGGAGGCCUACGAUGCGGCGGAACGUGAUGCACCUAAGCUGGCGGGCGACAACAAGGAGAUUGUGAAUCUAAAUCAAUAUUUCAAGACGGCAGACAUCAUCAAUGCCUUCAAGUGCCAGGAGGUGCACAUGAGCGGCUACAUGUACGACAGUCAUCUGAUAAUAACGCCCGGGCAGCUGGUGGUGCUGCGUGAACUGGGCCGCGGUCAGGCGCAGAUUAUGGUGCGACGUCCGUUGGCCAGCAUUGUGAAGAUCACAGCCAAGAAGCGGCAUCGUGAUUUGAUCACGUUCAAGUAUGGCUUUCCCGACGGCGAGGGACUGAUGAUCACCGAUAUGGAUCGUUUUCUUAUACCAAAUGCCAACGAGGCCACAGCGCUGGUCUCCAAGCACAUAGUGCAGGUGCUGGAUAAUGUCAAGUAGGCAGAGUAGGCUGUCCCCUUGCUCCCCCCUCCCUCCCAACAAGCUUUAUUUCACAGACAGACAGACAAAGUGCAAUGCGUCGCGCUGUAAUUAGUUUUUAAUUGGCAAUCAUUUUUUCCUUGACAAAUUGUAGUUUUAACUGUGUAAAACGCGGCCACGCGGCAAAUUGUAACAUAGAGGCAACAGGUAACAGUGACUGCCAGUGUUGCAUAAUGUACCAGGACCCCCCACAGCCCUUUCCUUAACUAACAGCAGAAGCCUUGAGACUUACAAAUGUUUAAAUGAAUGGAUGACAGGAUGACAGACAGACAGAGAGUGUAACUAAUAUUUAUUGCAAUUAAAACCCAAGUAAAAUAAACAUGUAUUAUAUUGGAA